AUCAUUUUUUUUUUUAAAUUUAUUUCCAAAAUUGUUUAAUGAAUAAUGUAUAACGCAUUUAACACAAACCAAACCAAGAGCAUGCCAAGAACUUGUUAUGCUGUGUACACCUCCUUGAACCAGGCCAACAAUCAAUACCAAAUUCCCCAACAAUCCCAGCAGUAUACCAGCAAUGCAUAUGCCCAGCCCUUGCAACAGCCCAGCCAAUAUGCUAACAUUGCCUCGGCCUAUCAACCUGGUUCUGCCGGCACUGCCGCAGCUGCUGCGCCUCAGUAUGCCCAAUCUUUGCAGCAAUUGCAGCGUCAACAACCUCAGGUGCAGCAAUAUGCUCAACCCCAAUCGCAGUACUCCCCAGAUCAAUAUAAUGCCGCCUAUUAUGCCUAUCAACAGCAGCAACAACAACAAGCCUUGGCUUUGCAACAACAACAACAGCAGCAACAACAACAAUUGGCCUAUGCCCAGCACCAACAACAAUUGUUGAAGCAACUUUACUCGAAUCAGGCAGCCACUGCCCCCCAACAACAGCAAGCACAACAACAAUCCGCAUACGCCAGCCAACAGCCACAGGCCAAUCAAUAUUUCACCGCCGAACAAUAUGCCGAUUACUUGAGCAAGCAACAGGCUCAGCUGCUUAGUGCCCAACAGCAACAAGUGCAACAACAAUAUCAGCAGGGCGGAUAUGUCACCACGGCCAGUGCCGAGGCGCCCACCACCCAGGCCACCCAUACCCAAGCGUAUACCACCGCUGCAGCCCCCUUGGAGGCGAGUUCGGUGCCACCCCGUAACGGUUUGGAAAGUGGCCAAUAUUCGGCCUCGGACAAAGUGUCUCAUGUCAAGUUCCAAAGUGGCAAUUUGGCCUACAACUUCUAGGCGCGGCUAGGCAAAGCGCCUGUCUCUGGUGAUUGACUGACUUGAGACUUGGUGAAACGACCUUCAUGGCAACUGUGUGGGUUGUUGCAUUUGUGGUGAAACUUUUAUGCCUUAGAAGGUGUUCUUUCUUUUCAUUAUUUUGCAUUUUUUUUUCCAAAACAAAAAGUGAAUGGAAAAACUAUUUCCUCAUUUUUGUUAUUUAUCACCCCAUUACCUUAGUCAUCCCCCUUCCUUCCCUCCUUCCCGCCUUCCUUUAGUAUUAGUGUGUGAAAAUUUUUUGUAGUUAGUGUGUGACUUAUGAUGAAUAAAAACAAAUCUAAACAUUUGAA